UGAAUGGCAAGUCAACCAAUUUUGUUUUUCCUGUUGCUCAGAAGUAUGUGAAGUCAGCUGUCUGUCUGGCACAGAUUGUGUUGAUGUGCUUCUAGAUGUCUGGACCUAUGGUCUGGUCUGGUCUGGUCUGGUCUGGAGGAUCCUCCCUACAGCCUGUGAGAUCAUCACAAUUUUAAUUAGACCGGAUCCGCCAAUUAACGGGAAGUCAGCCGGUCUCUCUCAGCCUUUUAAAAGCAGCCGAGGCAAACCUUUAACAGGAUUCUGACAGAGGCUCAAGACAAGUUUCAAAUUUACAGAAGGAUGUCUUCCACUGUACCUUGUGCUGUUGUUUUGCUGGCGUGUGUCUUCACAUUUAGUGCUGCUCAAACGAGCUGUAAAGGUCGAUGUGGUGUUGAGUACUACAGGGGUUACACGUGCCAGUGUGAUUAUAACUGCCUGUCUUAUGAAGAGUGCUGCAAAGACUUUGAAUCCCAAUGCACCACAAAAAACUCAUGUAAAGGAAGGUGUGGAGAAGGCUUUAAAAGAGGCCGGCUGUGUAGCUGUGACUCUGACUGCGCUAAGUUCAAACAGUGUUGUCCAGAUCACAAGAUGCACUGUGAUGAAGCAGAAGAACUCAGUGGAGCAGCCAGUGCAACAGCACCAGUGAAGACUAAUUCAUGCAAUAAUGUAAAUGAUAACAAACCAAAAGAGCCAACACUGAAUGAAGCAACAGAGCCUUCUACAUUCAGCGAGGGAAACAAUGCAGGUGACUAUGCUUUUGUGGGAGGAGAUUCUCUUGCAUCUCUCUCAGGAGGAAGACAUGUCGUGACAUUUCCGUCUGGACACAAAAAGCCAGAUACUCUGGGGUUCAGUACAGAGUCGUUUACGGUCUUCUCUCUCGAACAAACGACUCUCUCAGAUACUAAAACAACACAGACCAACGACAGCCCCACCCUUAACCCCAUCAUCGAGGAAGCCCCCACUGAGAACCCAGAUGCAAGUGAUGCUACCAUCUCAUCCGAGACAGGAACAACUCUCCCUCAGCCCACAACAGCAGCUGAUUAUGUCUCCCGCCAGCCUAGUCCAACCUCAGGACCCCAAACUGAGUAUCCUCCCACAGCCAACACCCCAGAGCUCCAGACAGUGGGGAAGGCCGAGGUACAGUCUGAGGAUGACAUUCUUCCUGAUGAUGCAACUGUAGCCCCCCCUGAUGAGCCAAAUGUUUCAACCCUACCUUUCAACACAGCCUCCUACACACCUGUGGCCCCAGUAUCUGCAGGAGCCACACAGGGCUCUUUCACAGUCCUGGAAAACUCUCAGGUUACCAACCCUGCCUCAACGUUGGACCUGACACCUAAUCCAGAGGCAACCAUUUCAAACGCCGGGCCAGAUGAUACUGAGAAAAACACAGACAAUGUCACAACAAGCCCUUCAUCUUCUCUGGCAGACCUUGAAGAUCCUUCCACCAGUGUUUCUCCUGCAGGGCCCGGGGACUUGCCAGAGCUUGAAGCCCUGACAACCCACAUACCCUCAUCCACGGAAUCAGUGCACGAUGACGUGACAGGAGAAGUUACAGCAGGAGAAACCACUAAACCACUAAAUGUCAUUCCAGACUCAACCAAACCCACAACACCCGAGUCCACCUUAAAACCCCAGGACAAACCUGACCCAUCCAGCUCCUUGCCAGUUAAACCAAUUCCAGCUGAACUGACUCCGGCUAAACCCAUCUCCAAACCUGAGACCAAGCCUCUGGACACGGCACAAACUCUCAACAUAGAUAAUUCCGGAAACUACCAAGCAGAUGACAGUAACGAUACAAAUCUGUGUAGUGGGCGGCCAGUCAGUGCAGUCACUACGCUGAGGAACGGCACAAUCGUGGUUUUCAGAGGACACUACUUUUGGAUUCUGGACCAACACAUGGUGCCUGGUCCAGCUCGCGGCAUCACACAAGUGUGGGGCGUCCCUUCCCCCAUCGACACUGUGUUCACCCGCUGCAACUGCCAAGGCCAAACGUACAUUUUCAAGGGAUCCCAGUACUGGAGAUUUGAAAAUGAUGCGUUGGACCCCUACUAUCCAAAGGUCAUUGAAACAGGCUUUGAUGGGCUUCGGGGCCACGUCACAGCUGCUCUGUCUGUGCCUCAGUACCGUAGCAGGAGAGAAUCAGUUUACUUCUUCAAGAGAGGGGGGUUUGUUCAGAAAUAUUCAUACCAGUUUGGCACCAGUCCAACAUGUGGAAGGAAAGUCAAGCAUGCUGUUUACACAGCCCCAAACCGAAUGGUCAGACAAUCAGUGUCUCGUCUAGGGCAAGCUGUUAACAUCAGGACAUCUUGGAGAGGUUUCCCCUCCACCAUCACAGCUGCUGUGUCCAUCCCGAGCAACAGAGAGCCAGAGGGAUACAAAUACUAUGUAUUCUCAAGAUCCAAAUCCUACAACGUGAGGCUGGUUAGUGAACGUCCCGUCAUUGCGACUCCUGCAGCCAACUCAGAGCAACAACAUUUGACUCAGAGCGACAACAUUUUCAAAUGCUAAUAGACAUGACAUGUCUGUGACAUGACUGAUGAAAGAAAGUUGUCUCAAAUGCAUUUUUUUCCUCUCAUAGUUUUAAAGUUUAUUACAUUCUUCGUAAAACACACCGCUUAAGCAUGGACUCAUUACAAAAAGGUAUUUAUAUAAAAAAAAAAAAAACUAAAAUCAACAGGCUUCAGAACAAGUGAACAUUAUCAAGAUUGAACACAGAAUCUGCACACGCUGACUGGAAAAUGUGUUUCUGAUGGGAAUAACAAGUCAUCGUUGUCAAGACAAAUGCUUCAUCUCGCAAAUCGUCUCCCAUGCACACCUCGAGAAGGAAAUCCCUGACCUGUUGGGAUUUAAAAUGUUUUUUGUUUAAACAAAUCCUGCAUACUCAUGUAAAAAGAUUUUAUAUAUUGGCUGUAUGACGUGUAUGAAAUGUCAAACAAUUGUUUCCUCUGCUAUUCUCAUCAACAAUAAACUGAAUUAUACCAAAA